AGAAGCGAGAGCAGGAAUGUGGUAGAGGCCAAAUUCUGUUCUACGUGCAGCCACUUCUGAGAAGUGCCUGAGAGUACGUGUCAGCUCUGUUCGUCACUGCAGUUAAAUAUUGCUUAAAUUUAAGCAUACAAAGUGUAGAAGAUCCUUUCAGUUUUGGGCUUCUGAGGUGCAGAAGGCUACCGAUUAUGCAAAAAACCCAUCAGAUAAAAUAGCUGCUGCCUGCAGUUUCUGUUCAUCCGAUACGUGUGGGAUGAUGCCAAAGUGUCUGGUAGAUUGAGAUGCAGGGGGGUGUGGGCGGAGGGAAGAAUGAAUCUGUACUGCUUCCCUGUUCGUGUCCAGCUCCAGCAGGAUUCAAGAAGUAGGCACCCUUCGCUGUUUGCCCUCAAAACAAGCUGUUUGGGAAUUGCUGAAAAAUACAGGGCAAGCCUCGCUGGUGAGGUGGCCGUGCACCUGAGUUUAGAGGCUGCCUAAGUUUCAGUUUAUUGGGGUGCUUAGCCCGGGUGAUCCGUGACCAGUGACACCAGUGUCAUAGCCCUGCUCCAGGGAGGCCCUCCGGCUUCAGGCCGUGCUGGGGACCAGCAGCGGGACAUCUGCGGCGUGGCCAACAGUCCUCGCGGGGACUCCCUGCUCGUUUCCCAGAUGCUGUUCAAUACCGGUUGGAUAAAAAUACUAUUCGGUUACCCACUGCCCUGGGUAAGACGUUUGAUGUUAGAUGCUUGACUUUUUUGUUUUUUAAUAAUCACAGCAGCUCUGCUGCAGCUUUUAUAUAGGCAUUUUUCAUUUCUAAAUGACCUGCCCCUUCCAUUCUGAGUAGCGGCUUUUCUAUUCUUAGUCUCAAAAAAAAAUAAUGUUGCCUUCCUGUAAUCUUUUGUUUGUUUCCCUAGCUGUCCUAUAUGAAUUGCUUAAUUUUCUGUGGAUAAGCAAACCAAAGGUUAACGGUGAAUGCCUGACCUGAGCUGUGAGCUAAAAAAGCAAUAGCGCUGGCAGGGUGGUUUCUGAGGUUGUAGGCACAGGAAUCUGAAUCGAUAGCUUUUAGCAGACUCAUAAAUGUUUCAUUUGUUUUCCUCAGUUCAGCGUUAUAGAGAUUUGGCUCGGGAAUCCAUAUAACCUCUUGAAUUAGCGUUGUCCCUGCGCUGGGUGUAGACUCUGGAGACCAUUUCCUUCAGAUGCGUGCCGGGGUGCAGCUCCGCCGCUUAGUAAUGGCAUUUUCCUUCCUGUUUGGGAGCCUUGAUUACACGCAGCCGCCCGUCACAAGCGGAACGAGUUUGGCAGCCUCAGACGCAGGCCGUAGGGAUGUUGGCAGGGCCAAAUCAAAACAGCUGCGGCGAUGCUGCUGCCUGCUUCGCAGGGCGGCUAGGAGCCGGGGCCGCUGGGGCACGUGCGGGUUUCCACGCCGCUCGGGGCAGAGACCCUUUCCCCGGCCCGAGGUGCUGCCCGAGGCGCUGCAGGCCGGGGGACAGGAGGCGCGUGAGGAGAGGGCGACUCAGGCAGCGGGUCUGGCGGUCGGCCUGGGCCUGAGCUCGUCCGCCCACGGAGCGUGGGAGGGCGGCGCUGGCCGGGUCAGGGCCAGCACGGCUGUGGGGGGCCGGCCCGCGCCCCCGUCCCGCCUCGGCCCUUGCCCUGUGAAUCAGGAGCCUGCAGGCCGCGCCUGCAGCACCCCGGCGACUCCGCUCGCUUCUCGGCGGCGGUUUGGGAACGGAGCCCCGUUAGCCGGGAUGAGGCGGCGGCUGGCCGACUUUCCCCAGCUUAGAGUUCCUAUCACCGAAAACUGGAUGCCGCCUGGCGCAGUGGCUUUGCUCCGCCUGCUGUCACAGGGUCCCUUAGCGGAGGCCUGGCAGCCGAGACCGGGGCGCUGGCGCCGGCUCCCCGGGAGGCAAUAACUCUGUCAUCAUGUCAGUCAGCGUCCAUGAGAACCGUAAAUCCCGAACUAGCACCGGCUCCAUGAACAUCUUGCUUUUUCACAAAGCUUCCCACCCAGACUGCGUCUUGUCCCAUCUGAACACCCUCCGGAAGCACUGCAUGUUCACCGAUGUCACCCUCUGGGCAGGAAACAGGUCAUUCCCAUGCCAUCGGGCAGUGCUGGCUGCUUCUAGCAGGUACUUUGAAGCCAUGUUUAGCAAUGGCCUCCGUGAAAGCCUGGAUGAUGAGGUGAAUUUCCACGACAGCCUGCACCCGGAGGUGCUCGAGCUGCUGUUGGACUUUGCUUACUCCUCUCGGAUCAUCAUUAAUGAGGAAAAUGCAGAGUCCCUCCUGGAGGCUGGAGACAUGCUUCAGUUCCAUGAUGUCCGAGAUGCAGCAGCUGAGUUCCUGGAGAAGAACCUCUACCCUUCCAACUGCCUGGGCAUGAUGCUGCUCUCGGAUGCUCAUCAGUGCCGGAGGCUCUAUGAGCUCUCCUGGAGGAUGUGCCUGGUCAACUUUGAAACUGUUCACAAGAGUGAGGAUUUCAACAACCUUUCCAAGGACACUCUUCUGGACCUCAUCUCCAGUGAUGAGUUGGAAAUUGAAGAUGAAGAAAAGGUCUUCAAGGCUGUCAUCCAGUGGGUAAAAUACGAUCUGGAAGAGCGGAAGGCUUAUCUCCCAGAGCUUCUGAGGAACGUUCGCCUGGCCUUACUUCCUUCUGAAUGCCUCAAGGAAGCCUUGGCUUGUGAGGACCUCAUCAUGGUCGAUGAAAGAAACAAACUUGUCUUGGAUGAAGCUAUUCAGUGCAAGAAGAAGAUCCUCCAGAAUGAUGGAGUGGUCACCAGCCCCUGUGCCAGGCCUCGCAAAGCUGGGCACACCUUAUUGAUCCUGGGAGGACAGACCUUCAUGUGUGAUAAGAUCUACCAAGUGGAUCACAAAGCAAAGGAAAUUAUCCCCAAAGCAGACCUGCCAAGUCCACGGAAGGAGUUUAGUGCCUGUGCCAUUGGCUGCAAAGUAUAUAUCACUGGAGGUAGGGGCUCAGAAAAUGGCGUCUCCAAAGAUGUAUGGGUGUAUGACACUGUUCAUGAGGAAUGGUCAAAAGCUGCCCCAAUGUUAAUAGCUCGGUUUGGGCACGGCUCAGCUGAAUUGGAGAACUGCCUGUAUGUGGUUGGUGGACACACUGCAGUAGCUGGGGUCUUUCCUGCAUCACCUUCUGUUUCCUUGAAGCAAGUGGAGAAGUACGAUCCCACAUCCAACAAAUGGACGAUGGUGGCCCCUUUGAGAGAUGGAGUGAGCAAUGCUGCUGUGGUAAGCGCCAGGCUCAAGCUUUUUGUCUUCGGUGGGACCAGCAUUCACCGGGACAUGGUGUCCAAAGUGCAGUGCUAUGAUCCAGUUGAGAAUCGGUGGACGAUCAAAGCAGAAUGCCCGCAGCCCUGGCGCUACACUGCAGCUGCUGUCCUGGGCAGCCAGAUUUUCAUCAUGGGGGGAGACACAGAGUUCACGGCAGCGUCCGCCUACCGCUUUGACUGCGAAACGGACCAGUGGACGCGCAUUGGGGAUAUGACAGCCAAGCGCAUGUCGUGCCAUGCUCUGGCCUCGGGGAAUAAACUCUAUGUGGUGGGGGGUUACUUUGGGACUCAGAGGUGCAAAACACUGGACUGCUAUGACCCUACGUCAGACACGUGGAACUGUAUCACAACGGUGCCUUAUUCACUCAUCCCCACAGCAUUUGUCAGCACCUGGAAGCAUUUGCCGUCAUGAGGGUUAGGGGCCUGGGGCUAAUAUCCAGGAAUACAAUAAGGUAAGGGCCUCUUCUGCUAAAAAUGAAACUUGUUGUCUCGCCUCAAAUGCGUCUCCACACCAUGCUGAAGCCAAGGUUCCAGUUUGCUCACCUUUUAUGAGAAGGGUAUGUUUGAAGGGAGAGACAAAGCACCAGAAAAGAAUAAUCAGUUCUGUGAUGUUUAAGUCUAACUAGCUUCCUGCUUUUUCUUGUCUCAAGAUGAUCCCCUCAAUAACAUAAGAGAUGCUUGGCUAUAUAGCCAUGUAGGUGGUUGCAAGCAACUCCUUUGCCCUCAUUCUGAGCUACCUGAAUGUGCCAGCCUCCAUCUUUCUCUCUGCUUUAUAAUAAUGCUGUGUCUAAGCUAGCUGCUGUGUGUGGGUGGGUAUGGGAGAGCAGAUCUGUUCAUGCCUACUCACAUGGGUAUGACCUUAGAAUACAUCCUGUCCCCAUGUGGUUGAGGGAAAUGCAGAUUAAGAUGUCUACACACACUUACAUUUGAGAUCUGCGAGACACUUGGGCAGCAAGUGCUUUGUAAAAAAUCUCAAUAGUUUGGUAUUUUUCCUGGGCAUUGGGAGAUGCGUUUGGUGCUGAUGAUUAUGUGGGCAGCUGACCCUUGGGAUACUGGAGGAUCCUGGAUCUCUUUUUAAGCUGUGUAUUUACAGUUCAGUGGGUAGCAGAAGCAGGGACUUAGAGGCCAUGAUGCAUUUGAUGUUCCUGGUGUUUAUUUAGCAUCCAGACUGUUGCUUGUUAAAUCAGAACUUCUGAGAUUUCUAUGUGAGACAUGAGUGGGAGGGAAGGGGUUUUGUAACCAGAAGAAUGUGUUUCAAGGUGUGUGAGAACAAGAAGGCUGGUGGAAACUCAUGAUAUCCUGUCUCAUUCUGGUGCUCUGGUUCUCACUUCCUCAGGGAAAGUGCUGCUGCAAAGCGACAGGACAGGGCCAGGAGACCUGGUAAUUGGUUCCUCCUUUCCUCCCUAGUGGGAUGUUUGGCCGCCCGUCUGGUUACUGGUUUUGCUCUGCUUAGGCUUGCACAUCUUGAUCUGUCUAUGCCAAAAUGCAGCUGGCCAAGGAAAGGCAGAAAACUCACCUUGCAUUGUGAAAACAGCUAUUGACAUGGGCACUUGGAUACACCAUCUUUACAAGAAAUCCCUAACAUCCCUGCUACGCCUGGCUGCAGAUUUCACAGUGCUGGCAAUACGUGCAGCCCUGCUUUGGUGGUUGAAGACUAACUACCAGCUAGCUGAAGGAGCCUGGAAGCCCUGGCAUAUUGGGGCAGAUUGGACAAGCUUCACGUAGGGUUUUAUUUGGGAGGUGGGACUGUGGGGAGAGAAGUUCUUCCAUAUCUUCACCAAAAUCCACUUCACAUGAUAUGGGAAAGAAAGAAUGCUGCCCAAACCCUCUAACACCCUCUCACUUUCCUGCUCCGCACUUAGUGUGGUUGGUGUGCCUGGGAAUCGCCCAGCGGGCUGGAAUUACUGCAGGGGUCUGGCAUUUCCCAGGGAGCUUCUUUUUUGAUGCCAGCUGGGAACAGAGGAGGAUCUCCUGGCACCUCUGCUGGGGGUUUGCCCAAUGUGACCACCUGCUUUUCUCAAGCACUCGGUGGGGUGGGAAAAGCACCCUGAGCAUUAUGCUGGCCUUCAAUUUGAGAAAUGCCUGGUUUUAACAUGGACUGGAUCACAGUGAGGGCAUGGUAAGGGUGGAAAGGGUUAAUAUGAGAUUUCUCUGAGCCUUUCCAGCACUGGAAGAUAAUGGCCUUACCAAAUUCUCCUUCUCAGGCGUUGCCUAGCAUCUGUCACAGUGGCUCAGUAAUCUAAUUAACUGCCACUUGGCUAUUAAAUAUUGCAGCAAAGAGUGUGAGGACUCCAUCAUUUUCAGCUCAGGUCAAUGAGGCCUCCCCUUAAGAGCCAUCCUAGAGCUGAAAAUUAAUUUUCUCUGGUAGCAGAUGCAUCUGAAUAUUAAACCUCAAUGCCAGCCACACCACUGGGAAUAGGAAUAGGAAUAUCUUGAGGUGAGAGUUGAUUCUCAGCCGCCAAAUAUACACAGCCAUUACUUUCCUCUCCUCCCUUUUUCCUCUGUGUACUGUUUUUGAAUAGCCCAGACCUCAUCAACAGCUUUGUGGGGGAUACAUAGAUAUUUUCCCCUGCAAUCUGGAGCCUUGGGACAAGCACAAGAGACCUAGGAACUCAUAUCUACCAACCUGCAAAUAAAGCUGGUGAAAAGUCACUGUAUAAAGGUUUUAUGUGCUUUUUGGCUUCAUUUCUGCUCUUCGGUUAAAAGACGUAUUUAAAAUAUACAUGAGUUCUUGCCAGAGAGAAUGCUUCUUGACUUCAUUUUUAUAGAGGGUGUUUUUUUUUUUUUUUCUUUUAAACGAAGUUUAUUGUUAUGGCCUCGGCCACUGACAUCUCCUUAAAUCAAAGCAUGGAGACUAGCGAGUGAAAGCCAGGUCUGAAUGUCUCCGACCUGCACGCACAGCCCGGGCUGUGCCAGUGAGCUCCUGCACGUUCGCCUUGGCUCGGCGGAGGGGGAGGCUCCAGGCGCCCGUCCUCGCUGCACGCGUGCCCAGCUGGGUUCCAAAAUUUGGAGUAACGGGCUAUAGGGUCCCACAAGAGCUCCGUUGUCCUGCAGUGGUCGUGCCAAAGGGUUUUGCCCCCAGGGUGUGAGGGUCUCUGCUGCAACGCCUGGCUAGCGCCUUGGUCCCUAUGGGCUCCUCCUUCAAGGAUGGGCAGCCAGGAGGCAGGUUGCCCAGCCCCGCUCCCCAGGGAUCUUCUCCGAGUGCUGGGGUGUUUUGGGAGGAGGUAGCCGAGCACUUUGUCAGCUGCACAGCUGUUGCUAAUCCUAUGGGGAAUUCCCAUGAGGAAAGAUCCAAGGUGCCCUACUGAGCAGAGCAAGCCAGGCUGCUAGGGAAAGGCCUGGGCGGUUGCACUGUAGGAAAUAAUACUUUGUACCUUUGGAGAGGGAAAAAAAAAAACCCAAAACAAAAAAACCCCACUUCUCACCUAUAAACUAGUGAGGUUUUAUUCAUACAGACUCUGAAAUCUAAAUAAGCUGUCCCUGAAAAAUGUCGAUCAUAAAACACCAAGCCUGCUUUUAAUUUAAAGCAUAAAACUGAUGAGCUGGGACGGUUCCUGUGGGGGUUGGCCUUUACCCAUCCCAGCCGGAGCCCGGGCCAGCCUCGCGCCAGCACACCUUUCAGCAGACGUCCCAGUGCCCCUGCCAAGAAUGCAGGGUGACAUUAAUUUAGUGCAUAUUGCCAGCAGUAAUUCCAGGGAUCAAGCAAGCUUAGCAGUUUAAGAAGUGAGAGCCUAACCUCUUCCACCACGUGGCUGGGAAGCUUGUGUGCCUCCAGUGAUCAGCGGCCUGAGAAGUACUGUGGUUUCACUGGUGCCGCCUGGGGCAAAGCGGGCCGGGGGCCUUCCUCUGCUCCGCUGGGCUUUCUGAGGAGACCCACUCGAAUAUCUUCUCUAACAUGUCACCUGGCCUCUACCCUGGUUUAACGCACAAAGUUUGACUAAAGCCGGUGUUUAACUCUCCGAUGAAGAUGCAGGAUAGAACUGGCUGAGCCAGCUCUGGGGUUCCCACAGGAAUUACGGCAUGAGGAGGCGAAUGGUUACGAAAGGGAAAUGCGAUACCAAGCGCUCUGCUCAUAAAGACUCUGUGUAUUUAUAAACAUAAGCAAGACCCAACCAGGAGCUUGGGGAAUGAUGCUGGGUGGUCUGUUCUGUCCCAAACAGACUAGUAUCAAAGCACCAGAAGUGACAACUGAUGUGGAUAGUUUUGCAUUUCCUGAGAGGUAAUGUCAGGCUCUACCAGGAGCAAGUUCUCCAAACUGCUUGUCUCCAGAAAGAAAGUGGAUUCUCCAAGCUAUCCGUCCCCUACAAUGCUCUUAUUUUUGUUGGUCCUAAGGGCAGGAGUCAAAAAUGGGCUUGAGCCAGAGAAAGAGUCUUUACCUGGGAGUGAGAGCAAUCACCUGAGAAGAGGGAGCCACGGGUUGCAGGUCCUGCUCCUGUGCUAUUUAGCUAAAACAGAAAUACAAAGUGGAACAGCUUCAGAGGAGAAGAUUGGGAAACAGAAAAACUUGCUGCAGCAUGUGCAGGAGUCAGGUGUGUUGAGCAUCAUCCCAGGACAGGAGAGAGGCUCAUCUCUGCCCCAGGUUGGACAGAUGGGGGAUUUGGGCGUAGGCUUCCCGGAGGUACAAAAAGGAGGGGCCUUUCCCUCCUCUUGGCACCCAGCUCAGGAUCUGAAGUGAAACUAGCCAGCUGAGAGCUGGGGAAGAUUAAACGACGGGGACAGUAGCUGUGUCCCUCUUCUCUGGCUCCUGAGACGUCUCUGCUCCCGUCUCAGACCAGGAAGAGCCACCUCCCACGGUGGUUAGCGCAGUCACUCAAGGUGCGGGAGAUAUAGACUCCCAUCCUUGCAGUGCCUGAUUUAGCACCAGGGCUUGGACUUGCAGUCCUUGGAAGUGCUGGAACCACUAGGGUAGGCCCUAGUGGCCCGGGCAGGCGCCGGGUCACCGCUCGCUCACCAGCGUGGUGUUUCUGCAGAGCCGCGCACCUCCAGCAGCGGAGACCCCCCCCUACCCCGAGCCUGCCAACCCCAGCGGGACCCUCCUCGCAGGGAGGCCUGUAGACAGCCGAGACUGGUGGGCAAAUGACAGCUCACACUUUUCUUCCUGGGUCUGCCACAUCUUGCUCUUGGGUGGACACUGCAGCACCCAUCGCGUGAGGUUGCGGCUGGGCGGUGGCUUCGCGGCAGCUGUGGCACCUGAAAGCUGAACCUUGGCCCCACAGUUCCUGUGAACAUUUAGGCGCAGUGCCAGGCCCAGAACUAUACUCUAAUCUGCCAGGCUGCAGUCGCAAUAAAAGUCGGAUCUGUUCAA